AUGAUCAAACGGUGGGAAACACGAUUUCAGAAGUGUAGAAGCCAGAGAGCUGAACAUCCAAAGGCCCAGGAGGGGACCGCUGUUGAGGGAGAGCAAAAUAACAAAGAGCUAUCCAAGAUCCCCAGCGUCCAAUACCCCUUGAUAGCUCAAGAUCUCCCACACCACAAAAAGGACAUCUACCCUGCAUUGCCUUUGGGGAUAUGGACGUCAUUCUAUAAAUCAGACCCGUGCAUCGCCCUCGGAAAACACUCCCCAAUGGAACAGGAGAUCCUAAAUUGUGGUGGUGUUCACACCAUAGCGGCAAGAAGAUUUUUGGCUGACAAAGUCAACAAAGAAUGGAAGAUGCUGAGGAAGCUAAGAGAACGGUCUCCAGACUACAAAGUGGCAAUGCAAUAUAAAAGACAGCCCCUUUCUCCUGCUCUGAGUGGACCCCCAGAAAAAGUAUGGACAGCAACUGUUUCUGUGCCCACAGAGGAGUUUGAAAUGCCCCACAGAGAGAUGCUCAGCAUUAACAAACACUUAAAGAGGAUGAAGCUGGCGCACGACCUCAGAAAUAAGCAGUUUUCUACAUACAUCCAACGGCUCAGGAUUGCCACAUUGCUGUCUGGAGCAGAGCUGAGUUCCACAGGGACUGACAAAUCUGGUGAAAACAGCGAUGUGGAAAGCUCCAAUAAAGCGAGUCAUGGGGAGAAAGGGGAGGCAGGGUCCAAACACACAAACCCACAUGAAAUUGUAAUGAAUGUGACUUUCAAGUCAGAAGAACCCAAAAAGUGUGUGGUAGGCCGUUGGAAUGACCAGAAAACCUUUCUUCCGAGGAAGAGACAGGAACGGUGCACCACGGGCCUCACCAACAGGAACCUCUUCCCCAUUGCUGGCUUCCCUGGAGACCUGAUGCUCAUGAACCAGGAUUUUAAAGCAAGGGGCCUCCACCCGAGUGACGCCAUCAAGAUGUAUUGGCUGUCAGAAGACGAGGCCUUCAGAGCACACAAACCCUGCACUACUUAUUGCCCGUAUUGA